GGCCGAGGGGCCCUUGACUUCUUGCUCCUCUCGGCGACAUGGACCGGAUGGCCAGCUCCAUGAAGCAGGUGCCCAACCCGUUGCCCAAGGUGCUAAGCCGGCGCGGGGUCGGCGCGGGGCUGGAGGCGGCGGAGCGCGAGAGCUUCGAGCGGACUCAGACCGUCAGCAUCAAUAAGGCCAUUAACGCACAGGAAGUGGCGGUAAAGGAAAAACACGCCAGAACAUGCAUCCUGGGGACCCACCACGAGAAGGGGGCACAGGCCUUCUGGUCUGUCGUGAACCGCCUGCCACUGUCCAGCAACGCCGUGCUGUGCUGGAAGUUCUGCCAUGUAUUCCACAAACUCCUACGGGACGGGCACCCACACGUCCUCAAGGACUCCCUGAGAUACAAGAAUGAGCUGAGUGACAUGAGCAGGAUGUGGGGCCACCUGAGUGAGGGCUACGGACAGCUGUGCAGCGUCUACCUCAAACUGCUGAGAACCAAGAUGGAGUUUCACACCAAAAAUCCCAGGUUCCCAGGCAACCUUCAGAUGAGUGAUCGGCAGCUGGACGAGGCUGGAGAAAGUGACGUGAACAACUUUUUCCAGUUAACAGUGGAGAUGUUUGACUACCUGGAGUGUGAACUCAACCUCUUUCAAACCGUGUUCAACUCCUUGGACAUGUCGCGCUCCGUGUCCGUGACAACAGCCGGGCAGUGCCGCCUUGCGCCACUCAUCCAGGUCAUCCUGGACUGCAGCCACCUCUACGACUACACGGUCAAGCUGCUCUUCAAGCUCCACUCCUGUCUCCCAGCUGACACCCUUCAGGGCCACCGGGACCGCUUCAUGGAGCAGUUCACAAAGUUGAAAGACCUCUUCUACCGCUCCAGCAAUCUGCAGUACUUCAAGAGGCUCAUUCAGAUCCCGCAGCUGCCCGAGAACCCACCCAAUUUCCUACGCGCCUCGGCCCUGUCGGAACACAUCAGUCCCGUGGUGGUCAUCCCUGCCGAGGCCUCAUCCCCCGACAGCGAGCCUGUGUUGGAGAAGGACGACCUCAUGGACAUGGAUGCCUCCCAACAGAAUUUAUUUGACAACAAGUUCGAUGACAUCUUCGGCAGCUCGUUCAGCAGUGGGCCCUUCAAUUUCAACAGUCAGAACGGCGUGAGCAAGGAUGACAGGGACCACUUGAUCGAGCGGCUCUACCGAGAGAUCAGCGGGCUCAAGGCCCAGCUGGAAAACACAAAGGCAGAGAGCCAGCGGGCCCUGCUGCAGCUGAAGGGCCGUGUCAGCGAGCUAGAGGCCGAGCUGGCCGAGCAGCGGCACCUGCGGCGGCAGGCAGCCGACGACAGCGAGUUCCUCCGGGCCGAGCUGGACGAGCUCAAGAAGCAGCGUGAGGACACGGAGAAAGCCCAGCGCAGCCUGACAGAGAUUGAAAGGAAGGCCCAGGCCAAUGAGCAGCGAUACAGCAAGCUCAAGGAGAAGUACAGCGAGCUGGUUCAGAAUCAUGCUGACCUGCUGCGUAAGAAUGCAGAGGUGACCAAACAGGUGUCUGUGGCCAGACAAGCACAGGUGGAUCUGGAACGAGAGAAGAAGGAACUGGAGGAUUCCUUUGAGCGCGUCAGUGACCAGACCCAGCAGAAGACACAAGAGCAACAGGAACUUCUGGAGAACUUGAAGCAGGAACUCACCACCAGCAAGCAAGAGCUGCAAGUCCUCCAAGGCAGCCUAGAGGCUGCAGCCCAGUCAGAAGCCAAAUGGGUAGGGCAGAUUGCAGACCUGCAGGAGGAGCGGGACAGCUUGGCAAGCGCCGCCAUGCAGCGGGAGGAGGAAUUCUCUGCACUAAGGGAACAGCUGGAAAAAACCCAGCUCCAACUGGCCAGUGCAAAGGAAGCCGUGUGCCAUUUUGCCAAGGACCAACGGAGGAUGCUUCUGGAAGGGUCGCGGAAGGCUGCUGAGCAGGUGAUCCAGGAGGCCUUGAGCCAACUCGAGGAACCCACGCUCGUCAGCUGCGCCGGGUCUGCAGAGCACCUUCUGUCCACGGUCAAGUCUGCUUGCAGCUGCUCUGAAGAGCUGGAAAAAAGCCGGAGCCAGUAUCUGGCCUGCCCAGAAGAUAUCAGUGGGUUCCUGCACUCCAUCACCCUGCUGGCACACUUGACCAGCGACACCAUCACCCACGGUAGCACCACUUGCCUCCGCGCCCCGCCAGAACCUGCUGACUCGCUGACCGAGGCCUGCAAACAGUAUGGCAAGGAGACCCUCCUGUACCUGGGCGCCCUAGAGGCGGAGGGAACACUUGACAGCGCUGACCCCACAGCCAUGAGGAACUGCCUGAACAAGAUCAAGGCCAUUGGCGAGGAGCUCCUCCCCAGGGGCCUGGACAUCAAGCAGGAGGAACUCGGGGACCUGGUGGACAAGGAGAUGGCCACCACUUCCGCUGCCAUUGAGGCAGCCACGGCCAGAAUAGAGGAAAUGCUCAGCAAAUCCCGCGCGGGAGACACGGGGGUCAAGUUGGAGGUGAACGAGAGGAUCCUCGGCUCCUGUACCAGCCUCAUGCAAGCCAUCCAGGUCCUGAUUGUGGCCUCAAAGGACCUCCAGAGAGAGAUCGUGGAGAGUGGCCGGGGUACCGCCUCCCCAAAGGAAUUCUACGCCAAGAACUCCCGCUGGACGGAAGGUCUCAUCUCCGCCUCCAAGGCUGUAGGCUGGGGAGCCACCGUCAUGGUGGAUGCAGCCGAUCUCGUGGUACAAGGCAAAGGAAAAUUUGAGGAGCUCAUGGUGUGUUCACGUGAAAUUGCUGCUAGCACAGCCCAGCUGGUCGCUGCAUCCAAGGUAAAAGCCGACAAGGACAGCCCCAACCUUGCCAAGCUGCAGCAGGCAUCUCGGGGAGUGAACCAGGCUACCGCUGGGGUCGUGGCCUCCACCAUCGCUGGCAAAUCCCAAAUCGAGGAAAUAGACAGCAUGGACUUCUCCUGCAUGACGCUGACGCAAAUCAAACGCCAGGAGAUGGACUCACAGGUCAGGGUGCUGGAGCUAGAAAAUGACUUGCAGAAGGAACGCCAGAGGCUGGGAGAGCUGCGGAAAAAGCACUAUGAACUUGCAGGGGUCACUGAAGGCUGGGAAGAAGAAUCGGAAGCAACUCCACCUUCCCUACAAGAAGCCGGGAGCGAGAAAGCCUAGACCUGCACAGUGCCCCAUCCGUCAGAGCGUAAAUCCUGUGACCCA